AUGACGAAUUUGAAGUCUGAUUUCCAUCGAAUCUUGAAGAAACGAUUUCAAUCUGCCCCACGCUUUGGAUACUCUAGCACAUUUUCGGACUUGUUCUCUCAAGACAAUGAUGUCUCAAUGAACUAUGUCAAAGGGCUCUUGGCAGCUGGCCUGCUCAUACUCAUUAUAUUCCUCUGCUGGGUGCUACUGCUGCUGGUCUUCAAGUGUUUGGGGAGAAGGAAGGUGGGAUUCCUAAGCGGUGCUCCCUUUCAAGCUGUGAUCAGUAGUGGCGACGCUCCCUCGGUGAAUCCAUGGAUUGCCAGAGGUCGAUUUACUGUGGCAUUUUCUUGUGUUGCCAUGGUCGCUUUUGCUGUACUAUUGGCCACAGCUGGUAUUGGAAACAUAGAUACUACCACCACCACCAUUGGAGACGGUGCCACGUUGGGAUAUGAUUACUUUUCAACUGCCCAGCUCCGGCUGCGUCUUGUGGAAGAAGACAUUGUGGUCGCCAAAUCCGUUAGAGACGAAGCUGUCAUAGAAUUCAAGGAAUUCUAUACUUCCUUGAGAGAUGCAGGAGAAGCCUAUGGUACUGGAGAUGUGGAAGAAGCUAUCAGGAUUGUUAUUGAGGGUGCAGAUGAGCUGCAUGAUUUCAUUGGAUCAGAAUUCCGGUCCAUUUAUGGGAGCCUAGGAGAUGGACAGCAAACAUGUCUCAAUGUGAAAGAAACUACAGAUGAGAUUGAUCUUCGUGUGUUACAGUGGGUAGUUGGAGUGAUCUUCGCAUUCAUUCCUGCAGUACUUUAUGGAUGUUUUUGGUGGAUGAUGUAUCAACCUACCAGUGAACGCAAUGCAAAAGUGGAGGUUUGCACAACAUGGUUUGCCUUGCCUCUCGUUUCAUUGCUGGUGGUUCUGUCAAUUAUCGCUUGCAGUGCAAUCUGCGUAGCGGGACUCAUGAAUUCUGAUUUCUGCUCCGGUGGUGAAGACCAAACUCCAGACUCUACCAUCAUUAGAAUUAUGAUAGAGCAAGGAUCCGAUCCUGAUAGUUUUGAGUUUCGAGCCAUCGAAUACUUAGUCAGUGAAUGUGACUUUGGGCGGUUGGUCAGAGGGACACCACUGGAGAAUGUUGAGGACCUGGAGAGUAGAAUCGACUCCACCCUGAUUGACAUUGAAUCUGUGCUUGAAGAAAUUGCUGUCAUCGAUACUGAACAACUAUCACAGCAGAUUGGAUACAAUGUAUCAGCCGUGCAGGUGCAGCUAUUGCGACUGCGAGAACCGCUUGAAGAGCUACAAGGGCACAUCUUGGAGUUCAUACACAGUUUGGCUUGCCGGCCUCUCUAUGCUGCUUACUAUACUGUGGCGCAUCAGGCAACCUGUACUGAAUCAUACACUGGGUUAUUUUGGGCGUUCAUGUCUCUCCUUUGGAUAAAUCUGUUUGAUUUGGAACUCGAAACAAGAAAGCAAGAUGCCCUUGUCGAAGCGGGCACUGGCCGAGAAGAAAACAACGAAGUGGUGUUGAAACCAAGCAGUGAAGAGGAAUGCUGA